AUGCGUUUCUCAAUCGUCUUCACUGCCGCUGCGCUCGCUCUUGGCGCCUCCGCCGAGACCUCAUCCGUCAACUACCUCACUGAGACCAACUCUCUGGGUGUUGUCACUGGCCAGCCCACUGUUGUGACCUCUCAGCCCACUGUUGUCACCUCUCAGCCUACUGUUGUGACUUCGCAGCCCGCUGUUGUCACUUCCCAGGAACCUGCCGCCUCUAUCCCCGCUGGUCUCACUUCUCCCGUUGUCACUCCCGUGACUGUCAGCGGUAGCAAGACCCUCGUCACCUCGUCCGGCUCCAGCUCCUCCAGCUCCUCCAGCUCGUCCGGUGCUGCCAGCUCCACCUCUACUGGCGGCGCUGCCAUGGCCACUGCUGGUCUCGGCAUGUUCGCUGGUGCUGCCCUGGCUGUUCUCGCUCUGUAA